CAGCCGCGAGAGUCCAGUUCAAGCGGAUCCAAGACAGCAGCGAUAGUCCCGUCCACAGGAAACCAUCUCAAGCGGAGGCGGAUCAGCAGUGUAGAGAUGUCCCCAACCGAUACAGGCGAGCGGUCCAUCCUGGGUCCCGACGAGCGGUCCAUCCUGGGUCUCGACUGUGGACAGCCAGUACUUCAUCCAUGGUCAUCGGACCGGACCCCCUCCACAAGGGAGGGGGGGACAUAGGAGAAAGAAAAGAAGCGGCAGAUCAACUGGUCUAAAAAGGAGGUCUAUUUAAAGGCUAGAGUAUACAGAUGAGUUUUAAGGUGACACUUAAAUGCUUCUACUGAGGUAGCAUGAGCAACCAUGGUGACUGACUAAACAGGAAGUAAGAGUGUAGAACAACAGUGAUACAACAAUUGGAAGUAUAAACCAUAUGUGGUGAUCCAAGUAGCGGAUCGCAACACGAUGGGUCAAAUGCAGAGGAUAAUCUCACCACACCUUGUGUGUGUGUGUGACAAUCACUGGUACUUUAAUUUUUUAACUUUAAUGUAACACAUUGCUACCCACCUGUGGGGGUGAACAACAUAUUAAAACCAGCCCUCAAUAAACAUGCUGUUUAAAUAAAGCAUUUAAGAAUUACUAUCUUUUCAAAGGCCUGCAGGUUUUUGGUAUAGUUUUUAAUUUAUCUUAGAUUGUGCAUCUGUAUUUUGUUGUUGUUGUUGUAUUAUUAGAGUUGAUCUCAAAUGUUGUGUUUUUAUCUUUCCAACUGCUGAACAAAACAGCUGUGAGUGCAUUUUGAACUUGAUGACAGUUGGCAGCAGUUGUUUUCCAAACCACAAAACACCUGCUCGGUCUGGGACAACGUUGAUUAUUCUCCAGCUCAACGGGCGCCCUCUAGAUCUGCCAGAUGUCAGAUAUUCCCCCUCAUUGACUCGAAUUGCAGCACAGUUGCAUCUUCUGAAAUGUGUUUUUUGUCACUAUAUUGCAAAAUAAUCAUAUCUUUUUUUUUUUUUGCAGUUAGUUGUCCUCAUCGGAAAAAAAUUUGAACAAAAUACCAGCUGUGUUAAAAAGUCUUGUAAACCACACCCCUUUACUCACAGGAAACUCAGUGGGCUGGAAAGCCUCUGCAGCAGACAGACAAGUGAAACAAAGGCAGAGAGACAUAAAGAGGGUAUUAAUGUGCGGAAAUAGACACAUAACAACAACAAUCGGCUUUAUGGCCGAGUUUGAAACAGAGAAGUGGUGAUAAGAUGACUGAUGGUUCUGCUUCCUUCCCUCCUGAGGCUGAAGACAAAGGUUGUCUUCGGAGCAAAGCAGGCUGACUCAGCGUCAUUUAGAGUUUUUAUAGGAACCCUUUCCUCGUCACUGAAAUACGAUAUACGUAUAUCCUGCUGGGAUGCUGCUGAGGCUAAAAGCCACGAGUCCAAGUAUGUGCUCUUCCUCACCAUGAUGGACAGCUGCCAUGGACAUGCAGACCGUACACGCCAGCCAUCACAGGACUAGGGACAAGGUUCCUGAUACAAGCUCGGAGUGCAUCGUCUUCGUACAGUUCUUUGCUGCGUGUGGUUUACCAUGAACGACAGCUGCAAUAACACAGGGGAGCUGAGGAUGUACCAGCACCACUUGUAUGCAGUGGUGUACAGUGUCAUCCUAGUCCCGGGCCUGCUGGGGAACAUCCUGGCACUGUGGGUGUUCAGGGUUUACGUCCGGGAAACCAAGAAGGCGGUGGUGUUCAUGAUGAACCUGGCUGUGGCUGACUUGAUGCAGGUCCUUUCUCUGCCUCUGAGGAUCUACUACUACCUGAACAACAGCUGGCCCUUUGGUCGCCCCCUCUGCAUGAUCUGCUUCUAUCUGAAGUACGUCAACAUGUACGCCUCCAUCUUCUUCCUGGUGUGCGUGAGCUUGCGUCGCUGCGAGCUCAUCAUGCGGCCGCUGAGGUACAACACAUCGAGGAGAAAGGUGGACGUGGUCCUAUGCACCUUGGGCUGGCUCUCGGUCUACCUGGGCUGCCUGGCCUUCCCCUUGCUGAGACACUCGGACGCUAACCCUGCUCUAUUGCCCCCGGAGGUGGGCGCUCCCAUGCUUGGGCCUGACAGGGUGUGUUUUUCGGAGCUGCCCAUGCAGAUGGUCGGUGCAUCAGCGUCCUGGGGUAUCUUGUUCAUAGCGGAGCUCUUAGGCUUCAUCAUCCCCUUCACUCUGGUGUUGGCCUGCACCUGCCUGACCGCCGGGAGCCUUCGCCGGGCCGAAGCUGGUGCCGUUCCCGACAGAGGGGAGAAGCGCAGGGCGUUGAGGAUGGUGCUGAGCUGUGCCGCCGUCUUCUUGGUGUGCUUUGCGCCUUACCACCUCACCAUGCCACUGGAUUUCUUGGCCAAGGCCAAUGUGUUGAGCAGCUGUGCCCUCAGGGACCUGAUUCUCAGAUGUCACCCUGUCACACUCUGUUUGGCCAGCCUCAACUGCUGCCUGGAUCCCAUCAUGUAUUAUUUCACCACUAAUGAAUUCUGGAAGCGACUGAGCAAGCCAGACAUAUUGGUUCCGGAGAGUUUGACUGCCAGCAGGCAUGACUCUUGACGGAUCGAAGGACUUCAGGAGUGACUAGUAAGCCUAGUAAGAUUGCCACGAGUGGAAGACUUCAUGAGUGUUUCAAGCCACUAAACCCUGAGAUAUUAAAGGACUCCAUGGAGCAUGAGUGCAGAAGAAUCCAUCAGUUCAUAGCAGAACUUUUGGAAUAACACAGCAAACACAAAGAAGGUAUGUUAUGUCCAUUGUCCAUUCUCCUAUAGAGAACCUAAACCUAUACCUUUUCUGACUCACAAAUGCUAAAAUUGUUGGAUUUUGAUUUAAAACAAAGCUUAAAAAUCCUAAUGUUCAUGCAUUUUGACAUGAGCUUGCAUACGGUUUUGGAUGCCUCUGUUCACAGAGUUUUGCAGUCUGGCUCUGUUGUGACGUCACUGCGAGGUGGACGUACUUAUCGAGGCAUUAUCGUAUUUUUCGGAGUAUAAGUCACACCUGCCGAAAAUGCAUAAUAAAGAGGGAAAAAAAACAUAAGUCGCACUGGAGUAUAAGUUGCAUGUUUUGGGGAAAUGUAUUUGAUAAAACCCAACACUAAGAAUAGACAUUUGAAAGGCAAUUUAAAAUAAAUAAAGAAUAGUGAAAAACAGGCUGAACAAGUGCACGUUAUAUGACGCAUAAAUAAUCAAUCGAUGCUUAUUUAUAUAGCCCUAAAUCACUAGCGUCUCAAAGGGCUGCACAAACCUCGACAUCCUCGGUAGAGCCCACAUAAGGGCAAGGAAAAACUCCCCCCAGUGGUACGUCGGUGACAGUGACAAUGAUGACUAUGAGAAACCUUGGAGAGGACUGCAUAUGUGGGCAACCCCUCCCCUCUAGGGGACCGAAAGCAAUGGAUGUCGAGCGGAUAACCAACUGAGAAAGUGCCUGGUAUGUUAACGUAACAUAUUAUGGUAAGAGUCAUUCAAAUAACUAUAACAUAUAGAACAUGCUAUACGUUUACCAGACAAUCUGUCACUCCUAAUUGUUAAAUCCCAUCCAUCCAUCCAUCCAUCCAUCCAUCCAUCUUCAGCCCAAGUAGGGAAGCCCAGACUUCCCUCUCCCCAGCCACUUCGUCUAGCUCUUCCUGGGGGAUCCCGAGGCGUUCCCAGGCCAGCCGGGAGACAGUCUUCCCAACGUGUCCUGGGUCUUCCCCGUGCCCUAAACAUCUCCCUCGGGAGGCGUUCGGGUGACCUCCUGACCAGAUGCCCGAACCACCUCAUCUGGCUCCUCUCGAUGUGGAGGAGCAGCGGCUUUACUUUGAGUUCCUCCGGGAUGGCAGAGCUUCUCACCCUAUCUCUAAGGGAGAGCCCCGCCACACGGCGGAGGAAACUCAUUUCGGCCGCUUGUACCCGUGAUCUUAUCCUUUCGGUCAUGACCCAAAGCUCAUGACCAUAGGUGAGGAGGGGAACGUAGAUUGACCGGUAAAUUGAGAGCUUUGCCUUCCGGCUCAGCUCCUCCUUCACCACAACGGAUCGGUACAACGUCCGCAUUACUGAAGACGCCGCACCGAUCCACCUGUCGAUCUCACGAUCCACUCUUCCCCCACUCCUGAACAAGACUCCUAGCUACUUGAACUAAAUUGCUAAAUCCUAUGAAAUCUUAUACGUCUAGUCCUGGGGUAGGGAACCUAUGGCUCUAGAGCCAGAUGUGGCUCUUUUGAUGACUGCACCUGGCUCUCAGAUAAAUCUUAGCUGACAUUGCUUAACACGAUAAGUAAUGAAUAAUUCCGCUGGGAUUAUUCAUUACUUAUCGUGUCAAAAAUAACAUUCAAAAUACAAAACCUUCUCAUGCAUUUUCAUCCAUCCAUCUGGUUUCUACCGCACCUGUUCAAGAAGUCAGACCAAUGGUAAGAAGUAUUUUAUUUAUUUUUGGUUAGCCUCAGAAUAACAAUGUUACUAAAAAGAAUAAGAGACUUAUUGUACUUGUUGGUCUUUUUUAAAAAUGCAUGCAUAUAGUUGUAUUCACUGUUAAAAAAAAUUAAUAUAUGGCUCUCUCAGCCAAAAAGGUUCCCGACCCCUGGUCUUGUCUCUUACGUGAAUGAGCUAAAUAAUAUUAUUUGAUAUUUUACGGUAAUGAGUUAAUAAUUUCACACAUAAGUCGCUCCUGAGUAUAUGUCGCACCCCCGGCCAAACUAUGAAAAAAACUGCUACUUAUAGUCCGAAAAAUACGGUAAGUCAAACUCUUAGCCAGACAGAAAGAAAACCCCCCCCCCAUCAAUUCAGGUUAUGAGAAAUAACCGAAAUUGUACAAUUAUUUUUCAAAAAAUCUUGACGUGCGUACAACACGGAUGCAGUGACAUACUGUAAAUACCAAGUGUAAAUCCAUUGGCAAGUGUACCUAAUGUUGUGACCACUGAUCAGGUGAAUCUAUAUAAUGUUUAUGAAGUUUAUUUUCGACCGUGUCUGAAAAAAUAUAGCGGUGACGAUUUCAAGGUAUUUAAACAGUGUACUUUGGAAAGGGUGGGAAGUGGUUUCCAUCCAUCCAUCCAUCCAUUUUCUACCGCUUAUUCCCUUUCGGGGUCGCGGGGGGCGCUGGCGCCUAUCUCAGCUACAAUCGGGCGGAAGGCGGGGUACACCCUGGACAAGUCGCCACCUCAUCGCAGGGCCAACACAGAUAGACAGACAACAUUCACACUCACAUUCACACACUAGGGCCAAUUUAGUGUUGCCAAUCAACCUAUCCCCAGGUGCAUGUCUUUGGAAGUGGGAGGAAGCCGGAGUACCCGGAGGGAACCCACGCAUUCACGGGGAGGACAUGCAAACUCCACACAGAAAGAUCCCGAGCCUGGAUUUGAACCCAGGACUGCAGGACCUUCGUAUUGUGAGGCAGACGCACUAACCCCUCUUCCACCGUGCUGCCUCACAUUUUGUUUCUUAUUGGUGGUGAGGUCGAAAAAAGGCGGAAAACAUUACAAUGGAAGUCACAAUGGUAUGUCGUAACACAGUGGUUCUCAAAUGGUGGUACGCGUACCCCUGGGGGUACUUGAAGGUAUACCAAAGGGUGCGAGAGAUUUUUUUUUAAAUAUUCUAAAAAUAGCAACAUUUCAAAAAUCUUUUAUAAAUAUAUUUAUUGAAUAACACUUCAACAAAAUAUGAAUGUAAGUUCAUAAACUGUGAAAAGAAAUGCAACAAUGAAAUAUUCAGUGUUGACAAAUUUGGUGUCCUAUGGCAUUGUGUUGUGUGUUAAAAACUCAAAAGUAUGUCAAUGAGUUACUUCGCAACAAAAACAGUUCCUAUGUGUUUGCUCUUACAAUAAUGUCACAAUAUUUUGGUUGUUAUACAGGUCUUGGAAGGUAAAUGAAGUAUGGUUGGCUGUUGUUGCAUACAUUUUUGGAGUGAUUUAGAGCAGUGGUUCUCAAAUGGGGGUAUGCGUACCCCUGGAGGUACUUGAAGGUAUGCCAAGGGGUAUGUGAGAUUUUUUUUAAAUAUUGAAAAAAUCUUUUAUAAAUAUAUUUAUUGAAUAAUACUUUAACAAAAUAUGAAUGUAAGUUCAUAAACUGUGAAAAGAAAUGCAACAAUGCAAUAUUCAGUUUUGACGGCCAGAUUUUUUGUGGACAUGUUCCAUAAAUAUUGAUGUUAAAGAUUUCUUUUUUUGUGAAAAAUUUUUUAGAAUUGAGUUCAUGAAUCCAGAUGGAUCUCUAUUACAAUCCCCAAAGAGGGCACUUUAAGUUGAUGAUUACUUCUAUGUGUAGAAAUCUUUAUAAUUGAAUCACUUGUUUAUUUUUCAACAAGUUUUUAGUUAUUUGUAUAUCUUUUUUUCCCCAAAUAGUUCAAGAAAGACCACUACACAUGAGCAAUACUUUGCACUGUUAUACAGAAAUUUAAUAAAUCAGAAACUGAUGACAUAGUGCUGUAUUUUACUUCUUUACAUCUUUUUUUCAACCAAAAAUGCUUCGCUCUGAUUAGGGGGUACUUGAAUUAAAAAAAUGUUCACAGGGGGUACAUCACUGAACAAAGUUUGAGAACCACUGUUGUAACCUGUGAAAUAACUUCCAAUAAAAGUGUGUUUAAAAAAAAAAAAAAAGAAGCUAAAUUUACACCAAAGAAUAUCCAAUAUAUUUAAUCUUGACCACAAAGAAGUAAGUGUUUUAAAUGUAGAUUAAAGUCAUAGGUCCACUUUAAACCAUGCUGAAAUCAUCCAUCCAUUUUCUACCGCUUAUUCCCUUUCGGGGUCGCUGGCGCCUAUCUCAGCUACAAUCGGGCGGAAGGCGGGGUACACCCUGGACAAGUCGCCACCUCAUCGCAGGGCCAACACAGAUAGACAACAUUCACACACUAGGGCCAAUUUAGUGUUGCCAACCAACCUAUCCCCAGGUGCAUGUCUUUGGAAGUGGGAGGAAGCCGGAGUACCCGGAGGGAACCCACGCAGUCACGGGGAGAACAUGCAAACUCCACACAGAAAGAUCCCGAGCCUGGAUUUGAACCCAGGACUGCAGGAACUUCGCAUUGUGAGGCAGACGCACUAACCCCUCUUCCACCAUGAAGCCACACACACACACACACACACACACACACACACACACACACACACACACACACACACACACACACACACACACACACACACACACACACACACACACACACACACACACACACACACACACACACACACACACACACACAAAACAUCAUGGAGCAUAAUCUGUUUCUAAAACUGUUAAAUGUAAUCUUCCUGACAUUAGAUUCGCUCACCAUCGGAUGAGUGCAGAUGCACCACAACACAGACUAUCAAAUAAAUAAAUACAUCUGCACAAGCAAUUUUCAUGCAAAACUUAAUGUGAGACUGCAUUUAAAGGCCUACUGAAACCCACUACUACCCACCACGCAGUCUGAUAUGUUUAUACAUCAAUGAUGAAAUAUUAACAUUGCAACACAUGUCUACUAAAUUGCAAUUUUAAAUUUCCUGGAAGUUUCUUGUUGAAAACCUCGCGGAAUGCUGACGUGUACGCGUGACGUCACGGACUGUCAGGAAAUAUUAGCGCUGCGCACACACACAGCUAAAAGUCGUCAGCUUUAACCGCAUAAUUACUCAGUAUUUUGGACAUCUGUGUUGCUGAAUCUUUUGCAAUUUGUUCAAUUAAUAAUGGAGAAGUCAAAGUAGAAAGAUGAAGGUGGGAAGCUUUAUCCUUUAGCCACACAAACACACGGUGAUUCAUUGUUUAAAAUUCCCAGAGGUGAAUAUGGAUUAGAGUGGUCAAGCGAACAUGGAUCCCGACCAAAUGUCAACCAGCAGUUUUUGGUGAGAAAAUUGUGGUAAAAAGUCGCUUCUUACCGGAGAUCAGCUGAGCUUGCGCCGUCCGUACAGCUGCCGUCGACUUCCAUCAGACACUGGCCACAAGACACCCAUGGACACACCCUUCCGACUAUCAGGUACUAUUAAACUCACUAAAACACUAGCAACACAAUAGAAAGGUAAGGGAUUUCCCAGAAUUGUCCUGGUAAAUGUGUCUAAAAACAUCUGAAUCCGUCCCAGCAAUCGGGUUUUUUUUUUUUUUUUUUAACUUGAUUUAUUUUUUUUCUAGUCUGUCGCUAUCAAUAUCCUCAAACACGAAUCUUUCAUCCUCACUCAAAUUAAUGGGGAAAUUGUUGUUUUCUCGGUCCAAAUAGCUCUUUUUGUUGGAGGCUCCCAUUAUAAACAAUGUGAGGAUGUGAGGAGCCCUCACACGGGUGACGUCAUCGUCUGCGACAUCCGGUAAAGGCAGGGCUUUUCUGUUAGCGACCAAAAGUUGCGAACUUUAUCGUGGAUGUUCUCUAUUAAAUCCUUUCGGCAAAAAUAUGGCAAUGACGCGAAAUGAUCAAGUAUGACACAUAGAAUGGACCUGCUAUCCCAUUAUAAAUAAGAAAAUCUCAUUUUAGUAGGCCUUUAAAAAGGUUUUUACAUCCCGACUGGCUCCAAAAAGUAAAGUAAAAGUUGGCGAGGAAACAGUCACUGAAGCAGCAUUUAGAGCCCACUUCGCCAAAGUUAGUGUCAGCUUCCCAACAUGCAUCUUUCAUGUGCACAAUGACGACAAGAAAACACGGAAUUAAGUAGGUCAAUUCUACUUUAUUCACCAAACAAAGUGAGAUCAUAUCUACACAUCUGUGUUGUAUCUAAUAUUCAUGUAAUCACUCCUGUUACAAAGUUGGGAUAAAACGCACACUUCCUGUGUGAUUGUCUUCCUGUGAUGGGUCUCUUCGUUUGUCACUGCCAAACACCGAUAAGUAUUCUUAUUAAAGUCCAAAUUAUUACAUUUCUGACACAACUCAAUGCAAAUAGGAGGUUCCAAUAUCUAUACAGGCAAGGCCGCUCCUACCUAAAUUGGGGGCCCCCAAAUACAAAAAUGUUUCACUGGUUUAUUCAUGUGAAACCAUCUUUAUACUUUCCUUAAUCAAACUUAAAUUUCACUUGAAAGCUGUUUAAUACUAAAAUUAAUUUAUGGGAAAUAAGUUGUUCAAUUAUUAUUUUUCUAAAGUGCAAAAUAUAACAUGAUUAAAACAGCUCCCCUGUUUACCAGCCCAGCACUUUAAACUCUGUGCACCACUUGGGGUCAAUGAGAUUAUCUGGGGUAAUUUGCCAACAUACUCUCACCGGUGACAGAGCAGGAAGUGGCUCGGAAUAUUUGUCAGUCAUUACCUGACAUUUUACAUGAGCUUACUCACUCACGCUUGCAUGGAUCGCGGGGCCCUAAGCACAGUUGGCUAUCUGCGUUUAGGGAGGGGCGGCCCUGCGUACAGGGAAUACUGAAUAUACACAAACUUAUUUAUUACGCCUUGUGAGGACUGCCGGGACACGAUACAGUAGUUCAAAUGAUCUGACUAAAAGAAAACAAUAUCACACUUUUUAAGUGAGCAUUUGGACAAAAAAAGAGGUUGAACACAAGCACUUAGUCCUAGAGGGAGCUAUACUUCAUCAUUAGAAACACAUCAUACAGCAGGACAGCAGACUUCCAGGAAAGGACAGCGUACGACAGCAACUGACAUUUCCACGGUGAUUAGUGCUAUUGUAGUAUAACAUAAGAAUAGAAUACAUAGUAGAAUUCUGUACAUCUCCUUGUAAGUUUGCAAAGCUGCUCGAAAUAACACGUACACACACACACACACACACACACACACAAGGGCGCGCGCGCACACACACACUGCUGUAAUGUCAGAUGUUGAACACCAGAUGCAUAACGAUGAGUUGAGUCUGCAGGAAAGUACAGCAACACAACAGAGGAAAUGAAACCUAAGUAAAUCCCCAGCUAACAGGAGGAAUGCCGUUUGUUAGCACGAGACUAAUACUUGAGAGCUAAGACCAAUACGGGUUGAGGAGAACGUAGCAGAGGAGGCUAGAACUGAAAUCCACAAGUCACUGGGGGAUGAAGCAGGGGAAUGCAAAUAAAAACAGAAAUCUCGGCUCAACGGGGUUUCCUCCUCCACUUUCAUCCUAUGCCAACUCUCUCCCUCUUGCUCGCACGCCCGUCACACUCGGAGACACUUUUCCCUUCAAGCCUUGCAGAUCUGGGUCUCGGUUACGAACUUGUUUUCAAAGUGAUGGAUGGUGAAACA